AUGAGGAGGGGCAGCGACAAGGUGGACAAGAGCAGCAGCCUCUUUUAUGUUGAGAUAAACUCGGACAAGCGAACACAGGACGUGGAGGAGAGUUGUGGAGGCAGACUCCAGGCAUUGUAUCUGCUGUAUGGAGCCACUAAACACAGUGAGAGGGCGGGAUCACAGUGCCAAGGGUCACAGUGCCAGGGAUCACAGUGCCAGGGAUCACAGUGCCAGGGAUCACAGUGCCAAGGGUCACAGUGCCAGGGAUCACAGUGCCAAGGGUCACAGUGCCAAGGGUCACAGUGCCAGGGAUCACAGUGCCAGGGAUCACAGUGCCAGGGAUCACAGUGCCAAGGGUCACAGUGCCAAGGGUCACAGUGCCAGGGAUCACAGUGCCAGGGAUCACAUUGCCAGGGAUCACAGUGCCAAGGGUCACAGUGCCAGGGAUCACAGUGCCAGGGAUCACAGUGCCAGGGGUCACAGUGCCAAGGGUCACAGUGCCAGGGAUCACAGUACCAGGGAUCACAGUGCCAGGGAUCACAGUGCCAGGGAUCACAGUGCCAGGGAUCACAGUGCCAGGGAUCACAGUGCCAGGGGUCACAGUGCCAGGGAUCACAGUGCCAGGGAUCACAGUGCCAAGGGUCACAGUGCCAGGGAUCACAGUACCAGGGAUCACAGUGCCAGGGGUCACAGUGCCAAGGGUCACAGUGCCAAGGGUCACAGUGCCAGGGAUCACAGUGCCAGGGAUCACAGUGCCAGGGAUCACAGUGCCAAGGGUCACAGUGCCAGGGAUCACAGUGCCAGGGAUCACAGGGCCAAGGGUCACAGUGCCAGGGAUCACAGUGCCAGGGAUCACAGUGCCAGGGAUCACAGUGCCAGGGAUCACAGUGCCAGGGAUCACAGUGCCAGGGAUCACAGUGCCAGGGAUCACAGUGCCAGGGAUCACAGUGCCAAGGGUCACAGUGCCAAGGGUCACAGUGCCAGGGAUGCCAUACGAGUGAGAAAUGCCUUGACGUAUAUGGGAGUUAA